GCCGCGCACACGCGCGCGAUCUCUCGAUCAUUGACGAUCGAUCGUCAACGUUGGCCGGACCGUCGCGCGAUCAGUCAGAUCAGUGCGCAUCGCGCCGCGUGAUCGUACGUUUCGUUUCGUCGCGUCGCGUCGCGUAGCGCUCGUCGUCCGACGAGUGCACGUGCGGCGCGCUUAGUGGAGUACGUACAAGUGUGAGAUAUAAAUUCCUUGCUCAUAACAGUCAUAACGGAUCCGCACUUCUUAGAGAAGGUCGCAAUGAGAAGGCAGUGAACGGUACGCGAAGCUUCGGGAAAUUAAGCGGAACGAGCACCGCGAUCGUCGCGAUUAUCAUCCUUUUCGCAAAGUGACGAGUUUUGCGCGACGUGACGUGACUGACGAGUUAAGAAGUAACGGCAUGGCAAUAACUCGCCGUCGCACAGCUGUUUUUUGCAAAACAUGUGAUUACUUGGAAUGUUUUAUUAAUUGAAAAAAAAUAUUGAAGAAAAAAUUAAUAAUAUAUAAAUAAAAACAUUUGAACAACAAUGUGUGAAGUGAUGUUUCUAAGAGUGAAUCUCAAUUGAAUCCUUAAAAAAGGGACGAGAUGAGCCCUUCACCCACUGCCAAUCGGAGUUUCUUGCACGGAAACGGCAAGGCUACUCUAAUUUCUAACAAGGUCGUUUACGCCACUCUCGAUAGCUUAGCUUUGAAACGAACGAGAUUGCCCUUGCAGUUGCUUCCCGUGGAGAGCGAUAAUGUUGUAGAUAAGUCGGAUAAGAAAGAAAAAAAAAUCGUCAAUGGAAAAACUUCAAUCAAACGACCAUCUUAUAAGGUGAAAUCCGGAGCUAGUCAUCAAUGGAAAAGUUACUCCAAGUGCCUGGCCUUCUCUUCUACGAAAACGGAGAACCAGUCAACGACUCGUGCCACCAGAAUACUAGAUUCCGGAACCGAAUGCAAUAUUGAGAAUACUCUCGAAAAGGAAAUUCAGACAUCAAUAAAUACGACAGGCGUAGAAAAUACUGUAGAAAGUCCAUUUUCUACAAGAUCAUCUACGAAAGAAGAAUCUCACAUUAAGGAUUUUCAUAGCGACAAUGGCGAUUCAAUACAUACACAAACGGAGACGAAUUCUCGCGAUGAUUCCAAUCUUACUGAAAAUCAAUGUGAGAAAGAAAAAUGCUCAGUCGAAAGAAGAAGCUCUAAUACAUCCAGCGACUACGAAAAAAUUAGUAUAACAGACUACAAGGCAUCCAUGCACGAUUUCGAAGUCCUAGAGAAGACAGUUUCCGAAUCUAUUGCACAUAUUUACAAGAUUGAAAAAAAUUCUCCAAUACCUUCGAAAACAAUCACAAAAUCACAAUUCAUAAACGAUCUAGCAACCAAAGAAACCACGUAUGAGAACUCUUUCGUGAAAUACUCGAAGCAAGACGCGGAAUCGAUCACGAGUGACGAGAAUGAUGACGUAUCGUCAUGGCACAAGAAGAAAAAGAAGAGACGCUUCACUAGAAACGUGCUGCACUAUGUACCGAGGCACCUAGUGAAACAGCCGAAGAAGAAAAAAAAGCUAAAAAAGAAACAUGCUCUGAGCAGUUCACUGAGUUCCUUGAGAUCGUUGCAAACGGCACCUUUCUCGAACAUUUCGGACUCAUACAAGACUAGAAGUCUGUCGAGAGACGAGUUGAGAAGCGUGAUUAUCUCGUCGCCUACGAACUUCGUUCACGUGGCAUCUGCUACGAAUCCCAGUUUAGUUCAGAACUCUCUUGGAUUGGGUCUGGAGCAGAUCGUAAUUACUCAUCAGCAGAUAUGCGCUACGUUACCUCUACUUGUUAGAAAGAAUGAGCAGUGCAAGAAUGGAAACAUCGAGCAGCUCAAGGCCGCUGCAAGAAUGUCUCCUGCGGGCGAUAUAAUUUCCAAGCAAACUGGGCAAAGUCAAUCAGCCGUUGAUAGCAUCGCGGAUAAGAGUGAUCGAACGAAGUAUGCGGAGAUACAGAGCGAUUUCUCGAGGGACUCACAGGCGGCGAAAGUUUUGGAGUCCAGCCAGGUGGUGAAAAUCGCUAGGAAUCAGGCCGAUUUGCCGGAAGAAACGUACGAGCCAGUCUGCGAAUCUUCCCCUGCGGCAUUGCCACAGGCCAAUUGCAGCUUUCUGUGGAGCAAUCACGGGACAAAAACGACUUUUCCAAAUGACAAACCCGUCACGGUCGCUACAUGCCACGCUCCAAAGGAAAACGAUGAGAACACCGAUAGCGAAGGAUACGAUGACGUCGGACCGUCGAACUUCGUCACUCAAAUGGAAUCCGACUACGACGACGUGGGACCACCAACCACUUAUCUCGAAGUCGAAACGUUCGAUAUUGAUACUAAUAAGGACUGCGAGGGGAUUUAUGACGAUGUGAUACCGCUUAGCUUCCAGCAAAAUAGUUUGAAAACCAUCGACGAGAACGAUUAUCUGAUACCGGAAAUCAACGACGAAACAUCGUGCGAAGAACCAUCCGUGGAAUUGCGAGCAACGUCCAAGAAUCAGAACGCGGCGGAAACGUCGCGUUUUGAUUCAACAGCGAACGAUGAUCAGUAUUUCUCAACGACAAACAAUGAAUAUUCCAGCGUGGACUGCGAAAGUCAUCUGAAUGAGGAGGAACGAGACGAGUUGGAUGUAUAUGACGACGUCGGCCUGCCUGGCGAGGAACGUGUCAAUAGCCUUUAUGCCGGCUCCACACCCGGCUCUGUCUUAGGAUUGAUCUCGGUGAACGGCAAGGAAUCCGAGUGGGAGGACCUGGAAGAAGCCACGUGCGCCUCACACUGCCCUUGUCAGAGCAAUGAUCCGCGCGGAAAAGGAACUGAAGGACAAAUCACAUCGGGCAAAAAGAAGCUUGCUCAACGGUGGUCGCGGAAUGUUAGGAAACAACGAUCCAGGAGAUCUCGCAGAAACAACAAACGAGUGAGCAAGGCCUCGAUAACUUUCAGUUUUCCUGAUCGGACUUUUUCUUUAUCAGACAACAUUUCCGAUGAUAGUACAUACGAGAGUCUGUAUUCCUGCCAACCGGAUGACCUCAGCAGCGAUUCAGAGACGGAAACGGACAUUACGCGACAAUCCCGCAGUGAUCGCGUGAUCGAUGCUUAUUUGGAAUGUCCUACAAGACCGACUCCACCACCACCAAGGGAGGCCAGUCUAACUCAGUCCUUGGGCAGGCGAAUAAAGAUGCUACGUAGAACCUGGAGCAUCACCAAAGGCAGUCUCGGCAGGAUCAGGCGGCGGACAUCCGUCGACGAGUCUGGCUUUGAUGACAAGGAACAAUCCGUCAAUGAACCUCACGUCGACGUUGGAAAGUAUUUCAAUUUCCGGUUGAAGCAUUUCAGCCGAAAGAGCAUCGUUGGCCCGCCGACUUUCUAUCUCGAUGAGAACAACAGAAAUGAUGGCAUUCACGAUAAUAACAAUGGCAUCGUCAAGGAGGCGAUUUAUACCAAUAGCCAAUAUAUGGGAAGCGGCAGUGACGAUUCUUCAAGGACUCCGACAAGCACCGAUGUCGAUCAUUACAGUGUGCUCGCCGAUCAGGAACCUCUCUACCAGUUUUAUGCAGCCGCGGUGGCUCGUGUUGCUUUCGAAUCGGAUUCCGAAGGCUACGAAGAGGUAGAAGAUAUGAUGAGGAAGACGGAACCAGCCACAGCGGAUCUUACCAGAGCAGGACAAAGAAUGCUAUGGUGUCAUACUCCACAAGUGAUACAUAGUGACCUCUUACGUAAGUUAAACAAUAUAAUUAUAAAGAAUAAGAAGAUAUCAAAAAAAUUAGCAAAAGAAUUUCAAUAUUAGAGAAGUUAACAUCCUUCCGAAGCGUCGUACUUAAAUUCUCUUCGAGUCCUAGAGAAUGAGUUCCUCAAUAAUCAUAUACUAAUAAAUGAGAUUCUAACGCCGAUCGAAAGAAAGAAAUUGUUUGGUGGGGUGCCAAGCGUAUUGUCGGCAUCGCAAACGUUCCUAGCUGAAUUAGAAGCUGUGUGGAGAGAAGAUCCGAUGUUGCCGGGUUUAUCGGAAGUCUUGUUGAAACACGCCGAAAAGUGUCAGGCCACAUACGUAGCGUAUUGCUCGAAUCAAGUCAGCAUAGACACAACCCUGAAAGAACUCAAAGCUCGGAGAGGUGUAAAGUUCUUGGAGACUGUUAAACGCAUAGAAAUGCAACCAGCAUGCCAAAAUCUAUCUCUACAUUCCUUCUUAAUGUUACCAAUGCAGCGCGUUACAAGACUACCCUUAUUAGCUGACGCUAUUCUUUCCAAAUUAUCAAUGGGAAAUUCGGACAGAAUAUCUUGGGAAAAGGUCUUAUCGACUUUAAGUAACGUCGUUGCUGAAUGCAACGAAGGUGCGCGAGCUGCUGCACAGGAAGCCGAAAUGGAAGCUUUGGCAAGGAAACUGGAGUAUACCUCGAAAAUUAAACCAAUCAUGCUGAGAGGCAAGCAGUUAGUUCGAAGUGGAUCGGUCGUGCAAUUGUCGACGAAAACGGACACUGAAUAUAAGCUUACAUUCGGAAAGAAAUUUACCAAGACACCACUCUACCUUUUGUUACUCACUGAUUAUCUUCUAGUCACGAAAUUGAAAUCUAAUGCUCAUGACGAAUGCUACACCGUCAUAGACGCGUGCAAACGGAAUCUUCUGGCUCUAGAGUCGGCUUCCGAAGAAUCGCCAUUCGCCGGACGAAACGCUAUGAUACUGACUUUUCUGGAGAAUCAUUGCGGUCGUCACGUAGAAUACAUCUUAACGUGUGAAAAUAACACAGAACGAGAACGAUGGCUGGAGGCUGUCUCACCACCCAAACGUGGUUUAGUUGGGGAAACGUUAUAUGAAUCUUGGGACUGCCCGCAAGUUAUGGCCAAAUAUCCAUAUUUGCCAAAUCAACCUGAUGAGUUGUCAUUACAAUCAGGGGACGUAAUAAACGUAUUGAGGAAAAUGGCAGAUGGCUGGUAUCACGGUGAAAAAUUAUUAGACGGCGAGCAAGGAUGGUUUCCGGCAAAUCACACGAAGGAGGUUGCAUCGGAACACGUGCGCGCACGAAAUUUGAAGCAACGACAUCGUCUUUUAGCACUUAGCAACAGUGUAAUACAGCAAAGAAGAGCGAGACAAGGGUAUUAGGUGAUUCAUUGACGAAAUUAAAAUGUGAUCUGAGCUCGAAUCACUCAGAUAUUGUGAUCAUUAAUAAAUUAUUUGUUAUAUACACGAUUUCUACGAUAUUUCAGUAUUGAAUAUUUCAAUUAAGGUAUUUCUCCGAGAAAUUGAGUUUCUACAGAUUUUUUUGAAAAAUAAAUAUGUAAUAUAGGAACCUUAUAAAAAAAAUGGAGAGGCUUAGCGGUAUCGUUUUUAAAUCAGAGUAGUUUAAAUUUGCAAUUCAAAAUUUGCAAAUUCUUUUUCUCGCACGCCGAACGGCGAGACAGGGACAUGCUGAUGUCACAUUUCAAUUGUCUUCAGUGCGGACUAGUGUUCGUGCACACAGAUAAGACAUUUAUGCGUGUGUGUACGUUCACCUCAAAAAUUUCUCUCUUCAGAGAGUACGCGCGGAGAGGCAUGUUCGUAAAUUACGUGAUUAAUUUUCUAGCACGAUUGUAGCCGGAGAAAUACCUUGACUUAUGUGCCAAUGUAACAUCAAUCGUCAAAGUGAAAAACAAUUUUUUGAAAUCUUUUAGGCCCAGUUGCACCAAUGUUACUUCGAUUUUAAGCGAAACUUUAAAUUCUCUCUAUCUUGUUUUAAAACCGAAAAGAGACAGGAACAAAGCCUCGCUUAAAAUUAAAGUAACGUUGGUGCAACCGGGUCUUAUUGUAGUAGACUGGAGUUACAAAAAGCUGACACGAGAGAUAAUGAUAUAUUUUAUAUUUUACAUGUAUAUUGUAUAUAAAGGCGUGGAGAAAGGAAAAAUAGAAUGUUGUAACAAAAGUA